UAUUGAUUCCAUCGUACCACCGCUACCGUUGCACGUGUUUUUAUUUGUAUCACACAAAUAUAUUUCAUUUCGUACCGUUUCGCGUAAAUUUUGGAAUCUGAUAGCUGUGCCAUGGGCAAGAAGAACAAGGGCGGAGCGCCCAACCUGGGCCGCCAGCUGAUCAAGGAUCGCUUUGGCCACACACCCCGCCGCAAGGUGGACAACGACACGAUGCUGCACACCACCGAGCUGCAGGACGGCUACGACUGGGGCCGCCUCAACCUGUCCUCCGUGACCGAGGAGUCCUCGUUCCAGGCCUUCCUGCGCACCGCCGAGCUGGCCGGCACGGAGUUCCAGGCGGAGAAGCUGAACAUCACGUUCGUGAACCCCAAGCAGCGGGUGGGCCUGCUCAGCAAGACGCAGGAGCAGCGCAUGCACCAGAAGCACGACGAGCACCGCGACCAGCUGAAGAUCCCGCGACGCCCCAAGUGGAGCAAGGAGACCAGCGCCGAGGAGCUGGAGCGGGCCGAGAACGAAGCCUUCCUCGACUGGCGCCGCGACCUGGCGCUGCUGCAGGAGGACGAAGAGAUCCUGAUGACGCCCUACGAGAAGAACCUCGAGUUCUGGCGCCAGCUGUGGCGCGUGGUGGAGCGCUCCGACGUGGUCGUCCAGAUCGUGGACGCCCGCAAUCCGCUGCUCUUCCGCAGCGUCGACCUGGAGCGCUAUGUGAAGGAGGUGGACCCCAGCAAGAUGAACAUGAUCCUGGUGAACAAGUCGGACCUGCUCACCGCAGAGCAGCGUCGCCACUGGGCCGAGUACUUCGACAGCGAGGGCAUUCGCACGGCCUUCUACUCGGCCACUUUGGUGGAGGAGGAGCUGAAGCAGGAGGCGGAGGCGGCGCGCCAGGAGUCCUUUCCCGAAGUGCGGCAGCUGCGCGAGGCCGCCGAGGAGAUUCACCAGUCGCUGGACAAGGUGGAGGACACGCUGAGCGCCAUCGAGCAGAAGCUAAUGGUGAACAAGGAGGAGCUUCCUCUUCCACUGCAGCCGGGUGAUAAGAACAGCUCCCGGUUGCUGUCCCGCCUGGAACUCAUCGAGUUCCUGCGCCACAUCUACAGCGGUCCGCGACACACGGAGCAGCACGUGACCAUCGGCAUGGUCGGCUAUCCCAACGUGGGCAAGAGCAGCACCAUCAACUCGCUGAUGACGGUCAAGAAGGUGUCCGUCUCGGCCACGCCCGGCAAAACCAAGCGCUUCCAGACGCUCUUCCUGGACAAGGACAUCCUGCUCUGCGACUGUCCCGGCCUGGUGAUGCCCAGCUUCGUGCUGACCAAGGCGGACAUGCUGCUCAACGGCAUCCUGCCCAUCGACCAGAUGCGCGACCACGUCCCAGCCGUCAACCUGCUGUGCGAGCGCAUUCCGCGCCACGUCCUCGAGGACAAGUAUGGGAUCGUGAUAGCCAAGCCGCUGGAAGGCGAGGACAUGGAGCGUCCACCGCAUUCGGAGGAGCUGCUGCUGGCCUAUGGCUACAAUCGCGGUUUCAUGACCUCCAACGGACAGCCGGACCAGGCGCGCUCCGCCAGGUACGUGCUCAAGGACUACGUCAACGGCAGACUGCUGUACGCCAUGAGCCCGCCCUCGCUGCCCCAGCCGGAGUACCACACUUUCCCGGAGCGCCAGCGCAAGGUCAUCGAGGAAUCGCAGCUGCCCAGCCAGCAACAGCGAGCCAUGCGGAUUGACAAGAGCACGUCCAAGGAGCUGGACAAGCAGUUCUUCGACAACAAGCCCACCCAUGCCCACGUCAAGGGACGCACCAACUUCCCGAACGUGCGCCUGGCCAACGAUGGCUCCCUGGUGACCGGCGCCGAUCCGGCGGCCAAGCCCUGGCGUCACGUGAAGAAGGAUCGGCGCGAGAAGCUGCGCAAAAAGUUCUCACACCUGGACGAGCACUGAUUUGUGAGCCCAUAGUUAUUUAUUCCCUAGGGCGUGUCUGCCAGGCACUUGAAUAUUAUUAGCACUAGACUUACGUAGCUAUUAAAGUUCACUGAAACUAAAAA